AUGCCUUCCCUUGCCGACUUAGGAGAGAUGGACCACAUGAGGAGGUCAGAGGAUGACAUGGAUGAUAACUCAUCAACAUGCUCCUACUACUCCCUCUCCGACGUGGAGGACGUAUCUUUUAAGAAGGUCCCUGCACAUGAGGUGCGAAAGCAAAGCGAGCAUGUUCCUGAGUACAGCCCUUGGGCUACGUACCCCCACAACUUUCGCAACAGCGAGGCACUACCGCUAAAGGUAGCCGGCCCGUGGAUGGAGUAUCCUCUCUGCCUAAAUGGCACAUAUUCACAUUCCAAAGAUCCAGGACCAGCGAGGGUCAUUGUCAAUCCGUCUGUCCCUGGUGGGCAUGACGUUAUAUAUCAUCCCGGGAAGCGAGAAGGGAGAUUUCUUCAGGCGAAGUACCGACCUAAAGGGUACAGGGCAAAGAUCUCUGGUUGUACGGCUAUGCCGACUAUACCUUCACCUCCGUCAUCCCCCUCAUCUUCUCUCUCCUCAUCUCUUCCUCCCUCGUCACCUCCUCUUCUCUCUAUAUCUCCGCCUGCUAGUCCAGGAGUUUACGGAGAAUCUCAGUAUAAUGGGCUGACCGAGAUUACACAACAACAAGCGCUUGCCAUUGCAGCGCAGCAACAACAAUACUUGUUGCAGCAACAGAGCCUAAGGGCCAGUUGGACAUAUCCGCAGACAGUCGGCUUGAAUGGGGUGAUCCGCGGCCAGUCUUUAUUACAGUUUCCAAGCAUGAAUCAGUCUUAUAUACCUGGCUAUAAUGUCAUGAGCGGCUUGAUUUAUUGCUAG